UCCUACAGAUCCUGAAUGCAGCAUUGAAUCAGGGGAAGAUGGCGAAAGGCACAGGCAUGGUUGGAAGAAUCGGAUGGAUUGCACUAACAGUGAAACAGCCAUCGUUCAGGCUCUUCUCUGGGAGGAAAAUAAACCUGUUUUUCCUCAACCGCUUCUGCCACAGAGCGAGGAGCAGUUUGUACGAGCAUGUCCGUGAAGGUUACAGCGACAAGCCGGAGCUGGACAUGCGAGAGGUGUGCGAGGAGACCCACAAAGUCAUCGCCAAUGUGGAGAACAGGAAGGGGGAUCUGCGGGGGAGCGACGUCAGGAAAAUAGUUUGCGUGUGGCAGGAGUUGUUGUCUGUGAGGAAGGAAAUAUUCGAGCUGCAGGAAGAGAAAAGACUCAUCAGUGAGACCGUCAGAACUUUGGUGAGCACCAACGACAGGAAGGCCCUCACAGGUCUCCCGGAGUACAGCCAGGCCCUGCAGAGAGGCCGGCAGAUCCGGAGCAGACUGAGCGAGCUCACCCUCAGAGAGUCCCAACUGGACGAGGAACACUACAGCCGAGCGCUCAGGCUGCCUAACAGCACACACCCUGAUGUGCCUGUCGGAGACGAGAGCCAAGCCAGAGUCAUGGAGCUGGUGGGACAGAAACCAGAGUUUGACUUUCAGCCCAGAGGUCACGUGGAGCUGGGGGAGACCCUGGGUCUCAUCCGGCAGAGACACCUGUCUCACGUCUCAGGUCACAGGUCCUACUACCUGAGAGGGGCAGGGGCCAGACUUCAGACUGCUCUCCAGAACUUUGCCCUGGACACUCUGCAGCGGCGGGGCUUCAUCCCCAUGGUGGUGCCUGACAUGCUGAAGGGGGCGGUGUUUGAGGGGUGUGGGAUGCAGCCCAACGCUCACCGCUCUCAGGUUUACUCACUGGAUCCGACUUGCUUCCCAGAUCUGAACCUGGCUGGUACCGGAGAGGUGGGGGUGGCAGGCUUCUUCAUGGAUCAUGCAGUGAACUGGAAGGACCUGCCAGUAAGGACCGUGUGCAGCAGCACCUGCUACCGAGCAGAGACGGACACCGGAAGAGAGACCUGGGGGCUCUACAGGGUCCAUCACUUUAAUAAGGUGGAGAUGUUUGGAGUGACCGCUGAUGAGACGGGUCAGGAGAGCGCAGAGCUGCUGCAGGAGUUUGUUUCUCUGCAAAAAGAGAUUUUCUCUGCACUGGAGCUGCACUUCAGAGUUCUGGACAUGCCGACCCAGGAGCUGGGCCCUCCAGCUCACAGGAAGUUUGACGUAGAAGCCUGGAUGCCAGGGAGGAACGCCUACGGAGAGAUCUCCAGUGGAUCCAACUGCACGGACUAUCAGAGCAGACGCCUCAACAUCCUGUAUGAGGCGGAGGAUGGCAGCCUGCAGUACGCCCACACGGUGAACGCCACAGCAUGCGCCAUCCCGCGAACGAUCAUCGCCAUCCUCGAGACUCACCAGACCAAAGAGGGAACAGUGCGCAUUCCCCGCGCUCUGCAGCCAUAUCUGGGUAUGGAAGUGAUCGAGAAACCCAGCUACACUCCGCUCAGAUACAUCGGACCCAACCAGCAUCAUCGGCCCCCCAGACCUGCAGCCAAAAUCAGAUGAUCCACCUUAUAACAUUACCUACGCUGGAAACCGACAGAAACGUCUCCACAAAUGGAUGUUUUGACAUUAGGAUCAUUAUGACAAAAACUUUGAUGUUUUUUGUCAAAUAGAAAACUUGAAACCAGGCAGUUUUUGUUUCAACUGGAGGAAGUUGGACUCUCAAUGUUCUGGUUCCAAUGAAACUAAAGGAUGUUCAGAUCACAGAUGUUUAAACAAACAAAAAAAAGGGCUUCUCAUGCUUGAAGCGCUUUACCUUUAAGAACAAAAAAAACAUACACAGUUUCACAAUAAAGAUACAGAGAAGAUCAGAA